GAUACUUCGGAUUCGAUAACCAAAGACCUUGGCUCCAUUAAACUCGGAGCAGCUUGACCAGUGGGAUCUACCGGGCAUUGAAAAGGGGACGAGCCGACAGAGACUGUAUCUCAAGAUCACCGAAUCCCUACCAAUGGAAGAAGCCAAAGCCAUGGCGCAGCAACAGCAACAACAACAGCAUCUGAUGCUACAACAACAGCAUCAACAUCAACAUCAACAACAACAGCAACAGCAACAUCAACAACAACAACAGUUCCUUCUCUUACAGCAAAUCCAGCAGCAGCACAAACAGCAGCAAGCAAUCUCUAGAUUUCCCUCUAACAUCGAUGCACAUCUUCGACCACUACAGCGUCCCAUCAUCAAUCAACAACAGCAUCAACAGCAUCAACAGCAAAACCCUAAUCCUAACCCUAAUCUUCUACAAAACCCUAACCCUAUGUCCAUGAAUUCACAGCUUAGACCUCCUAAUCGCACCCAAACUCAACCUCCUCAAACUCCUCCAGCAAACCAGGCUGAAUUGCAGAUGGCGUAUCAGGACGCUUGGCGAGUUUGCCAUCCCGACUUCAAACGCCCCUUUUCUUCACUGGAAGAUGCUUGUGAAAGACUCCUACCGUAUCACGUAGUUGCGGAUUACGAAGCCGAGGAAGACGAUAGAAUCCUGGAUUCCGACACGACCGGAACCGUCCUUUCCCGUUGCCAGCAGUGGGACCAAAGCAUCGCGAACAAAGUCUCCGAAUUCACCGCGACAUUUGAGAAACAAGUCCUCGCGUUCAACAUCAUAUCGCGUAAACGCGCGAUGGGCGAAUUCCGUUCCGAGGAACGAUUGCUAAUCGAACAAGCUCUGCUCCAAGAAGAGCGCCGCGCGCUCUUCGAAGCAAGGGCGGAAAUGGAAAAUCGACAAAAAGCCGGGCGGGAGGCGCAUGCCGCUAGUAUGCGGAUGGCGGCGUUGGCUCAGGCGGAGGCGGCCAGGGCGGAGAUGAUGGCCCGGGCGCCCAUUCGGGCUAGUGCGAUGGCGGGGAUGGAGGAUGAUGGGGGUGGCGGCGGUGGUGGUGGUGGUGGCGGGCAGGAGGAGGUGAUGAAUGGGUGGGGGAGGGAGGAGAAGGAACCGUCGGAGGAUUUUUUGAAUGAUGAGGAGAGGGAGAAUGGUGAUGGUGGGAUGCAAAGUGAGUGGCGUGAGGGAGGGGAGUUUGAUUUGAAUACUAGAUGA